AUAGAUAAUAGAAGAGAGUGGUAUCAUCUUAUUUGUCUGUUAUUUACAUUUACAAGUUUGAAUAAGGUUUAAAUAUAUUUGUAUCUUAUUUCGCAGUAUUACCUAGAAAAAUUAAAAAUAUUGUCUAACACAAUAAUAUCCAAAUACGUAAUUUAACACUUAAAUGAUAGAGAAACUCGGCAGCGGUGGGUAUAUAUUUUUUUGGACUUUCAACUCUGAUUAGUUUAUUUGCCACAUUUAAUAAAUACUUAAAAAUGGUCCUAUCGAAACCUUUGAUAAACGCCCUAAGUUUUUAUUUUGGGCAAUUAUAUGAACAUCCACUUAGGACAAAAGCUAUCAGCUGCUGCGUUAUAGCAACGGCUGGAAAUUAUGCUUCUCAAAGGAUAGCAGGAAGUAAAGUCCUUGAUUAUCAAAGUUUAUUGGCCUACGGAGUAUUUGGUUUACUAUUUGGUGGGACUAUACCCCAUUAUUUUUAUAAUUUCUUAGAGAGUGCCAUUCCCGAAGAGGCAUCAUUUGUGAUAGCGAAAAAAUUAUUUUUUGAAAGGCUUAUAUAUUCACCUCUGUAUCAAGCAUUUACUCUAUAUGUUAUAGCAAGACUGGAAGGAAAAGACCACAAAACGGCUGUAAAACAAUUGCAGUCUCUUUAUUGGACCGUCCUUACAAGUAGCUGGAAAUAUUUGACAGUCAUACAGUUGCUUAAUCUUAGUGUCGUACCUCCUAUGCUUAGAGUUUUGAUAAUCAAUCUAGUGGGAUUUUUCUGGACUAUCUACAUAGCAAACAAAAGGCGACAAGAACAAGAAAAAAGCAAAAAGAAAUGAAGUAUAAUUUUAUCAAUCAUUAUGUUAAUGUUAAAAAAUGUAUUGGGUGAUUUGUUAGUUUAUUUUUUAUGGAGGUAUAUU